UUACAUUCUCUUGGUUUAAAGAGAGUAUUUGUACUCCGGUCUGAGUCCAACGCGUGUUGUAGUACAUCUAACAGUAUAGACGAUCUUGGUUUGGAAUAAGAUGGCGUCGCAUGAGGCACUGGCGGCUCUGGGGGUGGAAGGAGCUUCGGCGGCUGCGCACGCUCUCUCUCUGCCGGCUGAAGCCUACGGAAAUGACCCCCGGCUAGAAGUCAUGUGGGCGAUGAAGGCCUACAACCACGCAGAGGUCUACUUCAAUGUAACGUUCCCCUUUUUUUCCUCCUCCUGGCCGCCACUCGUAGAGACGCCGUUCCGAGGACUCACGUUCCGACGUUUGCUCGCUCUCUUUCAGCUCAUCUCGUCCGUCGAGCCCAAGUUCCUGAAGCUGACAAAGGUGGACGACCAGCUCUACUCGAGCUUCAGGGAAACCUUCAAGGAGCUCGACGUGAAGCAGCUGAAGGAGGGAGACCUGAAGUCAGACGAGGCCAAAGAGAGGUGGCGUCCCUUCUGCAACCAGUUCGAGGGAAUCGUGGAGGACUUCAACUACGGCACCCUGCUGCGUCUGGACUGCGAGAAGGACUACAGCGAGGAGAACACCAUAUUUGCCACCAGAGUCCAGUUCUUUGCCGUGGAGAUCGCCCGAAACAGAGAAGGCUACAACGACGCCGUGUUCAGAUCCAAACGGUCAAAGAGCUAGCCUCCCGAUGAACCAGAAGGAACCCAUUCCACUCUGCUCUCUCCGUCAUGAGGAUCCCAGAGAACUGUCACAUGUUAUUAAUCAGAGUUUGAGAGUAAAAAGCUCGGUGCCGUUUACUAUCCUGCCUUCUUUUUAAUAUUCCCUCUAAAGGUUGAUUCAAUGGUUGCUUCCGUUGGAACUUAAAUAAAACAUUGUAAUAAAUAAGCUGCAGUAUA